AUGCCCAUCAGCUUUGAGCUUCUUCCCUCCAAAGGACUUGGCUUUAUUAAGAUUUUUGAUUCUCUGUACUCCGUGGUUAAUCAAUUGAACGCUCAAGGAAUUCGCAAUGAUAUCAAGUUUAUGUAUCGACGUGCGUCCAGGUUGUUUACAGUUCAAUUGAUGAGCUAUAGAAUCAACUUGUUCUUUGAUAGCGAGUUGCAGGUUCUUCUCUUUAUCGAGCUUAACUUGCCCCAGCCUGGAGAACCGUGGAAUUAUGAUCUAAAGUAUGAAGGUGAGGUGGCUCACAAAUUUGAGUUCAGAUCCAUCUAUAAUAAGAUCUUUGGUCCCACUUUCCCCGGCCAUUUGGACAAGGUCUCAAUGGAUUAUUACCUGAGCUAUUCAGGAAUAUGCUUUAAGUUCAAAGGCUUGGCCAAAGAGUUGAGGAGUGCUGUUUCUCAGCUUCAAGGUGACAAUAUAGUGGACGACGAUGGUUCAUUAAUGCAAAUUCUCACUGGCUCUACUUAUGACAUCAAUUGUUCUUCUAUAUGUAUAUUUCGAGGUAUCAGUUGGAGGCAAGCUUCUAAAACACUAGUCGAUAUCUUACCUUUUCCUAGACAGCCUCAGAUAUAUGCAAUGAAGAAUAUGAUUCAGGAAGUGGAAGCUGGAACCAACGAUAUAUUAGCUACCGAAGAGAUCGAUAGAAAUGGUUCCAUAGUAAUUGGCGAUGCUAUCUGUUAUGUCGAUGAACGAAAGCUAGAGAUAUCGUUUGCUGGACAUCCAACUGAGAACUCAUUUUUCAUAUCAAUUGGUAAUACUACCAUGAUAACAGUGUUCAAAUUUUUGGGUCCUCCAGAUGACUUCUUAGUGAAACAAGGUUCAUGUGAAGAAGGCUCCUGCCGAAAGAACUCAAAGAUUCAUAACUACUUCAGAUAUGGCUUGGAUAUAGUGUAUAAUCUUUGCCGUGGUACAGAUAGCGUGGUUCAAAAAAUCAUAAUGCACUCAAACUUGGUUCACUCUUUAGAAUUCAUGAGGUACGAAAGACUCCCCUUCUCACUUUAUCGAAAAGUGUCUUCAAAGGUGAUACAUUAUUCAUUAACUGGUGACUUUACCUAUCUGCGAGAGCAAAUGUUCCCAGAAAACUCCUCUGAUCAUAAACCCAUUCUACUAGAUAGGAAAGAGUAUGAGUUGAAUCCUACCCACUUUAAUUCUAAUAACUUGUUUGAAUUUGUGGACUUUGUUGAGGCAGAUGGCACCAAUGGUAACAGUGACUUCAAGAAAUGGGGUAUAUCGAAGCUCUAUAUAAUUGGGAACUGCAUCUUUGAAGUCCUGCAGGAAGAUGAUUCUAUCUCAUCGGUGACAUUGUUCUAA